UUCAGACUCCCUUUUACCUUUAAAUUGAAAGAGCUCUGAUAUAAUAGGAGUCAUCAGAGAGGAACUGCUCGUUACCAAGGAGACUCCCUGAUGAAUCCGAGAGGCUGACUGGUACCACAGCUACACAUUCUGUAUCUUCUUAAUUCAGAAGACCAAAACAUUUUUACAUGGGGAAAAGGUUUUGUUCCAGGCAUCCACGGAUCGUGGCUUUCUUCUUAUAAACAAGGCUUUGUAACCCUUUUUGUAUUCUUAACUAUUUGCUUAUGGAUCACAUAUAGGGAACAGAGAAAAACAAAUCCUGUUUUUCCAUGGGAAGAGAAGGAGAGAGGCAGUGAUAGCGAUGAUAGAUUUUCUCAGAUCGACUACAGAAAAACACAUACGUUCCAAGGACAUGGUAAUCUAGCUGGAACAGACAGGCAGAAAAAUAAUGAGAUUAUUGAUAAUCAACGAGGAAAUCAACAUUAUGAUGCAGUGAAUGUGAAAUUCUUUGUUUUUAUAUAUCCGCUGCGGUGUGGGGAUUUUUUUUUCUUGAAAGUCAUGUUUCUUUACUGAACACCUCGUUCUCUGAUUUCACUGUUCCCUAUGGAUACCCGGACUAGGUCCUUUUGGGUCAGCGUUCCAACUUCCAUGUUUCCUGGAGAGCACUGGUUUGAUAGCAUCCUUUGGAAACAUACCCCAAGAAACUAAAAUUUGUGUGUUCAAUGAGAAGCAUUGCGGGUUUAUUUCCUUAACUCUUUUAUUUCCUGUGCUCGAAAUAGUGUUGUUGCAAAAGGACAUUCAAGAUUGUUUUACAACACUUGAAUUUUUCUGACAGGAUACAAAAAGUUACUAAUCCAACAGAAAACUAAACCUGCUACGGAUGAGGGGAAUUAGUCUUUCCAUGGAGCACAAUUACCAGUCAGCCAACAAAGGACAUAUAAGAGACUGUGUGGACAGAAGCAAACAUGCGACAUCCAGGGCUUUUUAAAAUUAAGGUCGCUACGUCACCCCAUCAAGUCCUCCACUGUCAGAAAGGGCAACGUUGGGCAACACUCUAAGAUGUUUAUUUGGACCAGCGGCCGGUCCUCCUCAUCAUACAGACCCGAUGAAAGAAGAAAUUUCUACCAAAAAAUCAAAGACCAUGAUCUUCUGGACAAAAGGAAAACUGUGACAGCAUUGAAAGCUGGUGAAGACAGAGCUAUACUCCUGGGGCUUACGAUGAUGGUGUGCUCCAUCAUGAUGUAUUUCCUUUUAGGAAUAACCCUGCUCCGAUCAUACAUGCAGAGUGUAUGGACAGAAGAAGCUCAGUGCACAUUAAUAAACGCAUCGAUAACAGAAACAUUCAACUGCUCGUUUAGCUGUGGUCCAGACUGCUGGAAAAUCUCCCAGUAUCCCUGUCUACAAGUCUACGUAAACUUAACAAAUGUAGGACAGAAGGUUCUACUGUACCACACAGAGGAGACACUGAAAGUAAAUUCAGAGUGUUCAUAUAUACCCAGGUGUGGGAAGAAUUAUGAAGAAUCAAUGUCAAUAGUAAAUAUCAUUAUGGAAAAUUUCCGAAAACAUCAACGAUUUUCUUGUUUUUAUGACCCAGAAGGAAAUCAAAAGAAUGUUAUUUUGACCAAACUCUACAGUUCUAAUGUGUUAUUUCACUCGCUUUUUUGGCCGACAUGUAUGAUGGUUGGAGGAAUUGCCAUUGUUGCAAUGGUAAAGCUUACACAGUAUCUCUCGCUACUAUGCGAGAGAAUCCAAAGGAUCAACAGAUAAAAUCAAGUUCUGAAUUUACUUUACAAUUAAAUACUGUUUUUUUUCAUUCUUCACCAAAGAACCUUAAGUUUGUAAUGUGCCAGUCUGUUUAUAAGUUCCUUAAUAUAUUCUUAUAAGUAGAGCAAUAAUGCAAAAUCUGUUCUAUAUGCAAACAUGAUGUCACAAUGAGGCAGAAUGAAACUGUGGAUAUUUUUUUGGUAUAUUUUUAUUUAUGCUUUAAUUUACAGCCAAUACAAGGCUUAUUUACUUUCCCUUCUGUUGGCGUGAAGAACAGCAAAAGCUUAUAGGAAAAGUAUAGCCAAAUCCCAGGUUCAUCCAAUAUGACAUGUAAUGCAUUACUUCCAAAGUUGACUUUUGUUGCAUAUACUGUUUUGUUAGCAGCCUGGGAGAAACCAUGGGGCCAUGUAUAAAAAGUGAUUCUUGUUCAAUGUUUUAAAUGUGGUUUUAUUGCUAAAGCAACCAAUUGAAUGUCCUUGCUAGCUGGAUCACUCCAU